UGGCAUGAGAAACUGCAAAGUCGCCUAAAUCUUCAAAAAGCGCCGGACAUCUCUGCGAUCAGCAAGUUGCGCGCUGACCCCCCGCGUCCACGUGGGGGCGCUGCUGUACUGUCAGGGUUCGACACGUGGUAAGGCCAGCUGCAGUGGCCAGAAAUGAGCAGGAACCGGGGAGGCGCUUUCAGUGCCAGCGGAGACUGACUUGGCAAACGCGUACGAGGGGAAGACGAGAAUCGCUGGGUUGAUGUGGUGAGAUGUGCUAUUUUUGCCAUGGCGAGGGGUCUGAUAUCAUGGGCCUGGCUGAGAAAGCCUUACUGUAUUCAGGCUCGCUUCUCCUACCUGCGUAUGAAGUACCUGUUCUUCUCCUGGCUGGCGGUCUUCAUCAGCAGCUGGGUGGUGUACGUCCAGUACUCGUCCUACACGGAGCUGUGCCGGGGUCACGAGUGCAAGAAGACCAUCUGUGAUAAGUACAGGAGGGGGGUGAUUGAUGGCUCGGCGUGCAGCAGUCUGUGCGACAAGGACACCCUGUACCUGGGAAAGUGUCUCUCCUCCAAGCCCAACAACCAGGUCUACACUGGCAGCUGGGGCGAUCUCGAGGGAGUGAUCAAAUGCCAGAUGGGAGACGUCCUGCAGUACGACCUUGGGGCUGACAUGGAGCCCCGGAAGGAGGCCAUGCUCUUCGACAAGCCCACUAAGGGAACCUCUGUCGAGAAGUUCAAGGAGAUGGUCUUCAGUUACUUGAAGGCGAAGGUGGGUGAGCAAGCCAACCUGCAAGACCUGGCCAACCUAGUGCUCUCUGUCGCCGACAGCAACAAGGACGGCCACAUAUCUCUGCCUGAAGCCAAGUCGGCCUGGGCCUUGCUGCAGCUCAACGAGGUCCUGCUCAUGGUCAUCCUUCAGGACAAGGAGCACACGCCCAAGCUUUUGGGCUUCUGCGGCAACCUGUACGUGGCGGAGAAGGUGGAGUACACCUCCCUGUACGGCCUACACCUCCCCUGGCUCCUGGAGCUCUGGAUCCCCUCGGGGGUCCGCCGCAGCAUGGACCAGUGGUUCACACCCUCCUGGCCUCGCAAGGCCAAGAUUUUCAUUGGCCUGCUGGAGCUGGUGGAGGACGUGUUCCAUGGGCCCUUCGGCAACUUCCUCAUGUGCGACGUGAGCGCCACCAACUUCGGCUACAAUGAGAAGCACGACCUGAAGGCGGUGGACCUGCGGCGCGUGGUGCCCGAGGCCGCCUUCCGCGAGGCCAUGCGCGAUCGCCAUUGCGACGUGGACGCCGACUGCGUGUAUGGAGCCGACUGCAGCACCUCCUGCGACCUCACCAAGCGCCGCUGCUCCACGGACGUCAUCCAGCCCAACCUGGCCAAGGCCUGCCGGACACUGAAGGACUAUAUCCUGAGGGGGGCGCCAUCGGAUGUCCGCGAGGAGUUGGAGAAACAGCUGUACUCGUGCAUGGCCCUGAAGGGCUCCGCGGACCAGAUGGAGAUGGAACACUCGCUCAUAUUGAAUAACUUGAAAACCCUGCUGUGGAAAAAGAUUUCUAACACAAAAGACUCCUAACACACUCUGCUGCACUUUUAAAGGGGUCCCCUCACCCACUUACAGAAGCCUUUCUGGAAAGUGCUGCCAAUUCAGCUGAUUCUAGGAAGGGGAGAAAUUCUGUACAGUCAUCCAUCCAUCCAGAUGUUUAUCCUGGAUAUGGUCUCGGGGGAUCAACAGCCACAAAGCAGGGGUACAUACUGGAUGCCAGUCCAUCACAGGACAGACACACACAUACAGGUUCUCUCUCUCUCACACACACACACACACACACAGACACACACACACACAUUGCAGGAGGAAACCUUAAGAAAACCAUGAGGACAAGGUGCAAACACAAACACCACAAACACCACGCCCUGCAGCGGCGGUUUUUCAAUCACAGGAGAAAUUGUUUGCCGACUUAAUUUUUCGUCUUUUCUGCAGUUUGUGGAUUUGUGUACCGUGUACAUCAGUCAUCGCUAAUGUGUUUCUUAGGUUUUGCCGUUUGGUUCUUAAACUGUGCCAUGAGAUAAAUCAGCGUGAGUGAUGUGGGCUGUGGGGGCAGGGUGCCUUCGGUUGUAGCCGGAUGAAGAAUUUCUCCUCCGUCAGCUACAGCAGAGUGAUUUGUUUUCCCACUUCUGCGGGGAGUUUAAUUACAGCAUUUUGCUGCUUUCCCCACACCCAUUGUUAAACCUGAUACAAAAUAUGAUACCGGUUUCCAGUUUUCGACCACUAUAUAGAACGGUUUGUGCUGAAGAUUAUCGCCGCUCUAAAGAAUGAAUCGCAGCAACCCAGAUGUUUACCAUGUAUGUCCAGAACAGCAUGAAAACUUUGCAUAUUAAAUAUUGUACAAGACUGCA